AUGCGUUUUACUCUUUGCCGGAGAUUUGUUUAUCAGAGUUGUAAAUUUUCACAGGUUCUGGGACAGUAUGUCCGAACGAACUUGGCUUCUUCUCCGGCUCCGGCGAAAUUAGGCGAUGACGCAAUUACAGUAGGAGAAGCGUUGGAGGCAAGUGGGUUGUCAGCAGGUGGCAAACCGGUGGACGAGGGUGAUGCAGCGGCGAUACAGGCAGCUGAAGUCAGAGCAACCGGACGUAUGCAGGCGGUUCCGGGAGGUGUAGCUGCGAAAGCUCAGGCAGCCGCCGCCCAGAAUGUUAGAACCAUGCGAGAGGAGGACAAAGCUACGCUUAAAGAUGUCGUGGCGGAUGCGACAUCACUGUUGCCGAAAGACAAGCCGGCAACAAGGGUGGAUGCUGAAGGGGUGAUAGCGGCGGAGAUAAGUAACAAACCGGAUUUGGCGACUUAUCCUGGUGGUGUAGCUUCGGCGGUAGAUGCGGCGGCAAAGAUCAACCAACAGAAAUGA